AUGAGCUGCUCUCCGAUACUAGUGUCCGAAGCCACAUCUUCAGUCUUGAGUGAGAACCAUAGUACGGACGAUGCUAUUGUUGCUCCGCCAUUGGAUGAGCUUCAGAGCAAAGAACAAGGAGAGCUCAUUGACCUUGUAGUCCGGCUCCGUCGCGCGGGUCUGAGCUCAGUGCUACAACUUCCGCAGAUUGUGGUUUGCGGUGAUCAGUCUUCUGGCAAAAGCUCAGUCCUUGAAGCGGUAACCGAGAUACCAUUUCCACGCAAAGAGAAUCUUUGUACUCGCUUUGCCACCGAGAUCAGUAUGAGGACUGAUUCGAACUCAACGAUAUCUUGUAAAAUCAAUCCUCAUGACGAUGACCGCUCAGAGGACGCGAAGGAUAGACUACGAGCAUUCGCACGGACCAUCGUGAAUAUAGGUCAAUUGCCGACAAUCAUCGAUGAAGCUACCAAGUUGAUGGGCCUAGACGAGCGACAUGCGUUCUCCAGGGACGUACUUAAGAUCGAAAUCUGCGGUCCCACUCGUCCACAGUUGACUCUAGUGGAUCUCCCUGGUCUAAUCCAUUCCGCGAAUAAGUCGCAAUCCGAUGAAGAUGUCCAGCUCAUCAAGAGCUUGGUUGAUGAAUUUAUCUCAGAAGAACGCACGAUCAUUCUGGCCGUCAUCUCGGCGAAGAACGACUACGCCAAUCAAGUGAUUCUCGAUCGGUGCCAGAAAGUUGAUCCUUCUGGAGCUCGCACCCUGGGUGUCAUAACCAAACCGGACUUUCUGCGCCCCGGAUCAGAAAACCAGAAGAAAUGGCUCAAUCUUGCCCAAAAUCAGGACAUUUACUUCAAGUUGGGCUGGCAUAUGCUCCGGAAUCGUGAUGAUGACCAGCACGCUUUCAGUGCCGAUGAACGGGACAUGCAGGAGACCAUCUUCUUCGACGCGGGGAACUACCGCAUGAUCCCAACCCAAAACAAGGGCAUUGUCUCCUUUCGUCAGAGGCUUAGUACCCUUCUCUAUCAACACUUGCGGGAUCAGCUGCCAGGACUCAAACAUGAGCUCGACGAGCUGGCAACGCAGACUUUGGAAAAGCUCGAAUCCUUGGGCAAGAGUCGUAGUACCCUGCCAGAUCGGAAAUUCUACCUGAUGGAGAUGUUCACGAACGGCCGAAACCUUCUCGAUAUGGGCGUGCGAGGGAUGUACGAGAGUACCUUUUUCGAAACGGCAUCUCAAUCUCCCAGAACGAAGAAGGGAAAAAAAAGUCAUGUCUGGAACGAGCGAAAGCUGAGGUCCAUGGUUCAGAACACGAACAUAUAUUUCGCGAAGAGCAUGCAUGAGAACGGCCAUAAGUUUCGAAUCCUAGAUGAUGGUGCAGAAACUGAUGGCGAUGAGGCGAGCGGAGACAUCAAAACUCAUUCACAGGCGAUUUCCUGGGUUUUGAAGACCUUGAAAGAAGGUCGUGGACGCGAGCUUCCCGGAACUUUCAACCCAAUGCUGGUUUGGCAGCUCUUUUGGAAGCAGUCCGAAACGUGGGAGCAGCAAGCGAAGGCUCACGUCAUCCAUAUAUCGGAGGUGUGCAUGCAUUUUGUGCAUUUAGUCCUGGAUCACGUUGCGGCCUCGGAUGUGAAAAGAAAAAUUCUUGACAAGAGCAUCAAUCCAGCUCUAGUCAAUUCCCGUGAUGCAGCCUUAAGCGAACUCAAAAAAGUCGUGGAUGAUAAGAAUCGGCAUCCCAUCACGUAUAACCACUACUUCACCGACACGCUGCAAAAGCGCCGGCAAGAGCGUCUCACUAAACGGCUCACAGAGAACAUUGAGAACGCCACUGUCUCUGUCACGGAAAAGACGUUUAUGGCUGGUCCUGGGUAUGAGGAGAGGUCAUACAUCAAUCCAGCCGUGCUGAAAUCGGCUUUGCAAGAGACGACCAAGCCGGAUAUGGACGAAGUUUCAGCGGAGGAGGCACUCGAUGCCAUGAAGGCUUAUUACAAGGAUGAACUUAAGUAUUUCAUCAAUGCUAUUACGAAGCAAGUGAUCGAAAGACACCUUGUCGCACCUCUUGCCGAGAUCAUGUCCCCGGUAGUCAUCGUCACAUUCACAGAUAAAGAGAUCAUGCAGAUUACGGAGGAGCCAAAGGACAUCGCAUCGCUUCGUGAGCAUUUGCAGUCUAAAAUGUCAAUACUCACUGAAGGGCAGGAGGCAUUCCGGCAGACAAUGUGGGAAUUUUAAGGGAAGAGUACAAGGGGACCCGUACAACAUAAUAAAUAAACAGUAACUUAGAAGGUUUCAAUAAUAACUCCGUAAACACUCAACUAAUAUAGAACUACCAAUACAACGGAUUGACAGGGGUA